GGUGCGCGUAGGCCAAUCAAUCACGUACCCAGGAUUGCUUCGUUUUCUUGUACAUUAUACGAGUCAAAGGACAAGAUAUCUACGGGAUGUAAACAAAACUACAGGGAAAACUUCUGUCAAGCAAUGUCUGGUGACGAAAUCGUUCCAUUAUUACCCGAAGUAAACAUUGAACCUGCAAACAAUGUUUGUCAACAAAGAACAAUAAGGCCUCAGAGAAGUUUACCGCCCGGGAAAACGUACCAUAUCUUCAUAUCUUACUCGUCGCACGAUGAGUCCUAUGUACUGCGUCUGAAAAACGUUUUGGAAGGAUUGGGUUUCAAAUGUAUGUUGGCCGAACAUGACUUUUCCUAUGGGGUUUCCGUUAUGCGGAACAUCGAGACAACCAUUCAGACAUGUCACAAACUGCUCCUCGUGGUAUCGCAGCAUUUUUUACAGAGUGCCAUGUGUGAUAAGGAGGUGGAUAUGGCACACAAGUACGCCGCUGAUAUCGGCCGAAAUGAUUUCAUGAUAGUUCUACGAUUGGAUGAGUCUAAAAUGCCUCUAAAGCUGGAUUAUAUGACCUAUAUAAACGGUGCGGAACUGGAGGUCAAGGACGUUGGACGUAAAGUGGAAAAGGCAUUUGAUGGUUUUGCUGAUGUUCCACUCCCACCGAAUAUAAAUGGCCAAGAGAUCAUACGGUGCCAACCGACAGAAACAUCACAUAGACUUUGGUGCAGCUCAAGCUAUGAAUUUGGUGACUUAUCUCAAUAUGAAAGGAAUAUGUUGUUAGCAUGGUCAGUGGAGGAGUCCCAAACAUGUUACCGAGAGAUUGUGGAGGACGCCAAUGACCACUUCCUUCUUAAACGAUACGCUGUUUUUGCUUUUGAUCGCAAAUCCUUAUGUUUUUGGGUGCUUUUGGCUUUGGGCAUUGUCACAUUGUCCGCUUCAUUGUAUUUUUUGAUAACGAAACUGAACGGAACAGACACCUUCCUCAACGACCUGCUUAUAAUUUUCAUUUGUUCGAUUAGUUUCACCACAGGUCUCUAUACAGGAUGUACGGUGUACCUUUUCCAUCAGAUGAUGAGAAGACUCUAUUCCAUUGUGCGGAAGAAUACAGAUUGCAAAUCACAAAAUUACAUCGUUAUUCCCAGACAGCACAGGAACGCCCUUUUCAUUUCCUUCAUUUAUUACGACAUGAAACGAUGCUGGAAUUAUCUGAAACAAAGAGCACGAGAAAAUUGGCCGGAUGAUUCCGAAGAGGACAUUGCUAAUAAAUGCAAUGAGGAAUUGGUCACGACAAUCCUUGGCUCGUUUAAGGGAUCAGACUGGAAUCCAAUACCACAGGCAGCGUCCAUCCGGCACAAUACUUACCAGAAUAGGUGUUGCCUGUGUAUGGUCGCAAAGUCGUCAUGGACAUAUAGAAAGUCAGCAUUAAAUGUCACACUAGAUCAAGGUAUAGAGAACAAUCAAGAUGAAGAAACUUGUGUCAUGAAAAUUGCAGAAAGCGAAACAGAACAUGAAACUUUUGUCAAAAAUACAUUUGAAAUUGAUCAUGAACAUUUUGAAUCGACAGAGGAAAACGACGAAACCAGCGUUAAGAAAAUAGUAUGCAAUAGACAAGAGAGUAAUUCUUCUGACUCACAUGUUGCCGGAGCAGUGAGUGGUUCACCUCGAACUGAAGCUGGAAGUGGUUUUCUUUUGACAGGAGCAGAGUUCGGUAAAUCAUCUCUGAGAGGAGCAAAAGGCGAUACAUCUCUGAGAGGAGCAGAAUGCGGUACAUCUCUGAGAGGAGCAGAAGGCGAUACGUCUCUGAGAAGAGCAGAAGGCGGUACAUCUCUGAGAAGAGCAGAAGGCGAUACAUCUCUGAGAAGAGCAGAAUGCGGUACAUCUCUGAGAGGAGCAGAAGGCGAUACAUCUCUGAGAAGAGCAGAAGGCGGUACAUCUCUGAGAAGAGCAGAAGGCGAUACGUCUCUGAGAAGUGCAGAAGGCGGUACAUCUCUGAGAAGCGCAGAAGGCGAUACGUCUCUGAGAAGUGCAGAAGGCGGUACAUCUCUGAGAAGCGCAGAAGGCGAUACGUCUCUGAGAAGUGCAGAAGGCGGUACAUCUCUGAGAAGAGCAAAAGGCGAUACAUCUCUGAGAGGAGCAGAAGGCGGUACAUCUCUGAGAAGCGCAGAAGGCGAUACGUCUCUGAGAAGUGCAGAAGGCGGUACAUCUCUGAGAAGAGCAUAAGGCGAUA